CUUUUCAGUUGUUGCCUACAUUUAUGGGCAAAUUUUCUCCCGCCUAGCGACAUUAUUUUCCGUUCUCGUUCUCCCAUCUCCCACCCAGUAGUUUCUCUAUGGUCACAGUCGAGUGAGUAUUCGAUUUUCCUGCGCCUCUGUAGGGUCUACACAUCUACAAUCUACUCCCAAGUCCCAAUCGUUGUCUCGAGUCCGAAAUAUCAUCUGUCUACUAUUGUGGAUACUCAAGUUUUUAGCAGCAGAUGUUUUGUGAUUCCAACCAGAAUUUGUGUACGUGUUGUUUUUGUUUGGUUGGGCUUCCUUUCCUUUAGCUCCGGGACGCAAAGGUGGAGGAUUUCCCAACAAUUGUUAAAUAAUUGUUAUGACAAUAGUAAAAUACCAAAAACAUGGGGAUCGUAUUGCCUCCAUUGGAAUUUACAGAGUGUCUUAGUGAUAGCCCCUAUUUUAGGGAGAAUUUGCAUAAACACGAAAGGGAAUUGGAGAAAACUAAUCAGCAGAUCAAGAGAAUUAUUAAGGAGGUCAAAGAUCUUUUAGGAGCUGCGAGACAACUGGGAGAGGCACAAAAAUCUUUUGCCAAUUGCUUGAAAGGGUUCACUUUUGAAACUAUUGGUGGAACCCAGACUGAUGAUGAAUAUACCAUAUGUAACUCGUUGAAAAACUUUAGCGAACUGAUACUUCAAGUUGAAGAGGAAAGAAACAGAAUGUUGGAAAACGCCAAUUCUUCAGUACUUAAACCGCUAGAAGAAUUUAGAAAAAAAUAUAUUGGAGGCGUGAAAAACGAAAAAAAGAAGUUCGAGAAACAAACUGCGAAGUUUUGUCAAAAUCAGGAGCGAUAUUUGAACAAAACCACCAGAAAUCCCAACACAUUACAAGAGGCUGACGCAUCCGUCGACAUGGCCGAACGUCACUUCUAUGCAGCUUCAAUGGAUUAUGUGUAUUUGAUUCAAGAAGUACACGAAAGAAAAAAGUUUGAAUUUGUAGAAACCCUAUUAACAUUUGUGUACGCCUAUUUUACUUUCUAUCAUCAGGGCCAUGAAAUCAAAAAAGACUUUGAUCCUUUUAUGAAAGAUUUACAAUCAAAAAUUCAAAAAACCCGCAGCAACUUUGACGAUUUCAGUGAACAAUUAAAAAAACGAAUGUCUGAGGUCCAAAAACAAGAAGGGCCUCUCAGUAAUGCUAAAGGAUGUAAGGAGGGAUACUUGUUUUUAUUGGAAAGAAAGGCUUUUGGCGCUACUUGGACCAAGCAUUUUUGCAAAUAUGACAAAGAAACCAAAGAAUUCAGCAUGCUUCCUUACAAUCAACUUACUACGAAAACGCUUCCACAACCAGAAAAAAUGGUUAUUACUGCUUGCAUAAGACGAAAAUCUGACUCGAUUGAUAAAAGAUUUUGUUUUGAUAUUCAAGCUGAAAAUAAACCUGCUGGAGUCAACUAUACACUGCAAGCUCUAUCGGAACAAGACAGAACUAGUUGGAUGGACAUUAUGGAUGGAAAAGAACCUACAUACACAAUUCCUGCAAAUAAGCCCACAACUGUAUCAGAAGAGACUUACGUUCUGGACGACAUAGGUUUACAAUUUGUUAAACGAUGUAUAGAAGUUUUAGAAUCGAGAGGAUUGGAGGAGCAGGGCAUUUAUAGAGUCGUCGGAGUAACGUCGAAAGUUAGUAAACUAUUAGAUAUGGGUUUAGACCGAAGAAAAAAUGAAAAAUUGACGCUAGAAGACCCACAGGAGUGGGAAUCGAAAACCAUAACUAGCGCACUGAAAACUUACUUAAGAAAUCUUCCAGAGCCUUUAAUGUCUUACAAAUAUCAUAACGAUUUUAUAAAUGGAGUCAAAAGAGAAUCCAGACAAAAUAGAGUCCACGAAGUACAUAAACUAUUAUAUAAAAUCCCCAAAUCAAAUUUUGAUGUUUUAAAAAUAUUAAUUAAACAUUUGACAAAUGUGGCAAAUAAAUGUGAUAAAAACCGCAUGACCGUGAGUAAUUUGGGAGUAUGUUUCGGACCUACUCUUCUCCGUCCUGAACUAGAAACGGUGGCCUCAAUCAUGGACCUGAAAUUCUACAAUAUUGUCGUGGAAAUCCUAAUAGAAAACUACGAAAAAUUAUUUUUUAGCGAGCCUGAUUUAUGCAGAAAUCCACAAACUAUUUACGGACAUUUAACGCCAAAUAAUCAUUUACCAACUGAUGCUAACGACGUUUAUGGGACCAAUAAUAGGAUUUAUGUUAAUAGUCAGCCUGUUAGAGUGUCCCCCAGUUAUAGACAACCGCCUGGGUAUAAUCAGAAUUCGCCAUAUACAGUGUCCGUAUCGUCUUACAUAGAACACCCUACUCCCACUAGUAUGUACUCCACACAAGAGCCCAUAUCCGACAGUGCCAUGUAUGGAAUGUCUAGAAGUGAUCAUAGACCAUCAAAUCACCAACGGUUCAAACAUUUUAGUACUUCUGCUGCUUCUCAAUCCGAAUCUAACAUUCCACAAAGUUUGACCAGUCCCACUAAUUUCAGACAUAGCCGCAUAGCUGCCUUUUCAGUGGCGCAUUCGAACAGCACCAGUAGUUCGAAUGACUCACUCUCGUCAGCCUCAAGAGAUGGCAACAUCGUCAUUGGAUCAGUUCCUAAGAAAACCAAAAGGACCAGUCUAUAUGGCGGUUAUGCUACAAAAUAUAAAUCACCUGGCAAUGUGACGCAGCUUUCCCAACAACCCGGCUUUUUGACUUCAUCUGGAAGAUCCAGUCCUAUUUUGAAUAGAGUCCGGAGAGUUAGAACACUUUAUGCCUGUCUAGGUGAAAACGACGGAGAGUUAUCCUUUGAACCCAACCAGAUUAUAACCAAUGUGAAAUCCUCUCCAGAACCGGGUUGGCUAGAGGGCACCCUGAAUGGUAAAACCGGCCUGAUACCAGAAAACUAUGUCGAAAUGCUCCCUUGACAGGGUACUGGGUCCCUGUCUAAAAUCUCCACGUCCCUACGCCAUGGAAUAUGUAAAGCCCUUCAUAUCAGCAACCAUCAAGAAGACGGAGAAUGUUCUACGGACCCGAGGAGGUUGAACAUUCAUAGACCUAGUUUGGACGGUGCAUUGGCGAAACAAAUUAGUAUUGAACGGAAAAGUUCAACAUAGGAGAACAAAUGUUUGGGUUUUUGACUUUUUAGCUCAGCGUACAGGCAAUAAAAAACUCCUUAUCAAAAUAGCAAUAUCUAAAUAUUAGAAUGGUAUAGAUAAGUAGAAUGUUUUCUAUGUAUCUCUACCCUAUUCGUACAAGCACAAAUUAAUAACAUAUCAAAUUUCACCUUCAGAAUAAUGUAAAAAACAUAAUUGUUUUAACUAGAAUUGUUGCUGAAAAAAAAAUCCCAUUCUGGCUAAGUAAUUUUUGUUUGUUGAAACUAAGCAGUAACCAAAAGUAAAUACUGGGAUAAUAUACAUGAACUACAUAAUGUGCCUUUAGAUAGGUUUAUUUGGAACCACAUUUUUUAGCUUACCAUUGGGAAGAAUAAUUAUUAUUAUUCUUCCCGCAAAAGAAAUAGAACUCUUGGCCAAAAUACAUCAUCAAUAUCAUUCUUCUUGUAUAAAUUGAAAAUGUCCAUUUACUAAAAAUUUAGCUGUGUUAAGGCAACUGGUAACACCAAUAUUGAUAUUAUUGUAUAAAAUUGUAAAAUACUAAAAUAACGUGCUUCAUAUUAUAAUCAGUAUUCUUUAGGUCUAUGAAGGGCUUUUUUAGAAAACUCUUGUAGUAAUGUAAUUUUGCUGUGAUAAACUAGCACAUUAUGCCAAGUUUUUUUUUUUGUCAAAUCUGACCCGGUGUUAUGAACAAAAUAUUAAUUAGGUCAUAUUUUUGUUUGUUUUUUUUAUUUGUAAAAAGGGACCAUUCAUUAUUAUUUUAUUCGCUAAACGUAAUACUAUUUAUAAAUAAAAAUAUUGUAAAUAAUUAUUAUUCCUUUCCAAGCUUUUUGCUGUAAGAUUAUUUUACUUGUGAUAUAAUACAUGUUAACCAAUAAUAUUAUUCUUAUGCAUUUAUAACUACCUAUAUAAAUUAUGUAUGCAGUGUAAAUGGUUUGACUAUUUCAAGUCAAAUCUUUUGCACCCCUUAUACAAGUAAAUAUCUAUAAGUUUUGCCAAGAUCAUAGAUUUUUUUACAAAAAAUAUCGAAAAAUUUAGAUAUGUAAUAACAACAAUUCAAUGUCUAUAACAUCUAUUUAAUUUUAGAAGAAAUCUAUAUUUACAUAGGUAUACCUCCUAUACAUAUCUUAUUAUUUGUUGCAUUUUUGUUUUAAUGGUAAUUUAUUGUUGUAAUAUUUUUGAAUAAAUAAAAUGGUGUUUAAUAAAAGAAAAAGAUUAUUUAAUAAGUUUAAAAAGGGCGCAAGAGAAAAUCAUUCCCAG